AUGGCAACUAAAAAACGUAAAGUUGAUUCAGAAUGUCGUGUUUUUAAAGAUGAGUGGACUUGGAAAUACUUUUUUACACCUAUUAAGAAUAAACCUGUGUGCCUAAUUUGGAAUGAAGCUGUAGCCGUAUUCAAGGAAUUUAACCUCUCUCGACAUUUCAUGACAAAACAUAACAACGCCACUUAUGAAAAGAUGACUGAAAAAGAACGGAAGCAAAAAUCAGGAGCUCUACGUGCCAGCUACGAGUAUGUUGUAGCAUACAAUAUUGCUAAAAGUAACAAAACAUUUUCUGAUGGCGAAUUUGUAAAAACAUGUUUACUUCAAGUAAGUGAUAUUUUGUGUCCUGAUCAAACAAGAGAUUUUGAAGCAGUAAGUGUGUCCCGAAAAACAAUUACGUCUAGAAUUGAAGCUAUUAACAAGCAGUUUGUAACACAACUAGAAUCAAAGAUAAGCACGUUUAAAUUCUGUUCUUUUGCGUUGGAUGAAAGCACCGACAUAACUGACACAGCUCAGUUACUGAUAUUUAUAAGAGGUAUAGAUGACAACUUUGGUGUUACUGAAGAAUUAGCCUUCAUGCGUUCAUUAAAGGGAACGACAAAAGGAUCAGACAUUUUUGAAGAAUUUCAAGAAACUAUCACAUCUUUGAAAGUACCUCUGACCACUAUUUGUAACAUUACUACUGACCAGCCACCAAAUAUGACAGGGGCAAAAUCUGGUUUUGUAGGCAAAUUUAAUGAAUCAUUUCCUGGGAACGAAGUGGUGUUUCUUCAUUGUAUCAUCCAUCAAGAAACUCUGUGUAAAUCUGCUCUAGAAAUGAAACAUGUGCUUGAUGUUGUUAUUAAAAUUGUUAAUAGCAUUCGUUCGCGAGCACUCAACCAUAGGCAAUUUCAAGAGUUUCUUUACUCAUUGCAGUCAGAAUAUUCUGACGUACUUUACUACACCAAAGUAAGGUGGCUCAGUGCAGGGCGGGUUUUUGACCGAGUUUGGGAUCUAAAAGACGAAAUUAUCUCUUUUAUGGAAGAAAAAGGAAUGGACGAGUGUGAUCAUUUGAAAGAUAUGUUAUGGCUUUCAGACUUUGCAUUUUUUACAGAUAUUUUUAGCCACAUCAAUAAAUUGAACCUUAAACUCCAGGGAAGAAAUCAAUUGAUUCAUGAUACUUGGGGUCAUAUCAGGGGUUUCAAACUGCAGUUAAAUCUAUUUUCCAAACAACUACUCAAGAAAGACUUCACUCAUUUUCCAAGGUUAAAAUCCAUUGCAGUUACAGAAGACAAAGUUAAGAGCUAUGAGAAACACGUAAAAUGCCUUCAUGAAGAAUAUGGACGAAGAUUCCAAGACUUCAAAGCUAUCGAACAGGACCUGGAGAUUUUUAGAAUGCCAUUUAAUUUGGAUUGUGAAUCAGUUAAACCAGAACUGCGGCUCGAACUAAUUGAGUUGCAAUGUAACACUGAAUUGAAACAACUAUUUCUCAAUGUUUCGAAGAUUGAGUUCUACAAGGCCCUGUCAAAAACAACUUUUCCAAACCUGAAAUCUCACGCUCAGAAGAUAAUUUCGAUGUAUUCCUCUUCUUACAUCUGUGAACAGGUGUUUUCUACUAUGAAGCUUCGCAAAAACAGUGUUAGAAACCGAUUGACUGACCAUAAUUUAGCUUCACUACUGCGAAUCAGCUCGUCUCAGUUUCUACCAGAUUAUGAUCAACUUUUAGAAUCUCAGUCACAGUUUCAUCUGUCUCAUACGCCUUCAUGCUCUUCUAAAGAUUAA